AGUCUUAACUGACAUCUUCUAAGGCGCAUGCGUGCAGCGACACCCGUUGUUUCUCCUUACUCUUUCCACUGAUGAAGAAACAAGGGUCUAUCGGGGCCGGCGGGGGCGGAGCUACUGACCGGCUCACCAAGCCCAGCUGUUUAAUCGUCUGCAGCGCCGUUACCGGGGGUGUCUCUGCGCAAUCCUUCUUGCACACCUUCACUCUCGCUAGUUCGGCCUUCAAUCUACAAGUCGCUUCUCCUGGGGGAAAGGCUCUCGAUUUUGUUGGUAUCAGUGAUGUAGACACAAGAUGGUUUCAAGAUUUCCAACUUAAGCCAUAUGCCAAUCCUGCAAGACUGGAGUCAAUAGAUGGAUCUCGCUAUUAUGCACUUUUGAUCCCACAUUGCCCUGGUGCUAUGACAGACUUGGCUAACAGCGGUUAUCUGGCCAGAAUUUUGCAGCACUUCAAAACAGAAAAAAAACCUAUAUGCGCCAUUGGGCAUGGGGUGACCGCCCUGUGCUGUGUAACCAAUGAUGAUAAAUCCUGGGCCUUUCAGGACUACAGCCUCACAGGGCCUUCUGUGUAUGAACUUGUCCGGCAGACAGAUUUUGUCAGCUUGCCGCUUAUCCUCGAAGACUUUGCUAAAGACUCUGGAGCAACAUUUAGUGCCAGUGAGCCGGACGCCGUGCACAUAGUCUUGGACAGGCAUCUGAUCACAGGACAGAAUGAAAACUCCACAAUGGCUGCAGUUCAGAAUCUGAUCCUGCUCUGCAAUGGAAGGAAAUAAAUGUGUUCUCUGUGGAUGGACCUAAGUGAAUCAGCAUUCCUCCUGUCCAUGUUCCUAUGCAGAAGACCCAGGGACACUUAUACAUGUGCUUUGUGAAUGAUCGUGAAGAGCACCCAAGAUGCCCACCCCUGCCUUGCCAUAAUGCUUUGAUUAUCCCAUUGCAUGAAGGGAGCAGAUAUAACAGCCAGGGUCCAUUAUGAUGAGGCACAUGGGCUAUCAUGGAAGCACUGAGAUCCUGCUAUUUGAUGGAGCCAUUGGCCAUGUAUUAGGUUACUUUAAUAUGCUGCACAUCGUGAAUGGUUUUACUUUGUAAGCUUGAAAUCCUUUGGUUCUCUUAAUCCCAUUUUUGAACCCCACAAGGAGCCAUUCAAGUCACUGUGAUCGCCUGCAGACCAUUUUCUGGGAUUUUGUAUUUGUAAAGGAUAUUUUUGUCCAUUGUCUGUUUUCAGUAAAAUGUCCUGUUCCCCCAGUAUGCUUUUUCCUGCACAUAUCCCAGCUGAGAUGACAGCCAUCUUUGUCACAUGUCCAUGAGAAUGUUUCUCCGGCGCACACCAGAAAAAGAUUUUCUCACAAGCAAAACCACCACAGCUACAACAGUGACACCGAGAACCAUGCCGAUUACUAUUGCUGCGUAGUUUGUAGUGGCUGAUGGAAAGAAAAAAAAAAUCAUAUGGUUAGAGAAGUUCUAAGUCAGACUUAUGCAGGCUGUACAAAUACAAUAAUUCUCAAAGUAAACAUGGCUGCCUUCUUUAUAAAACAGCGCCAC